GGGAAAUUUUCAGCAAACCUUUGCUAGAGUACAUAGUAAAAAUGCGGCCACUGACGUCCGUUCUAGUGGUAGCCUUUGCCGCACUGGUGUCGGCACAGUUCGACACCCACCAGUGGUCAGGCCGAAGCGGUAUAGUGCAUUUGUUCGAGUGGAAGUGGAACGAUAUUGCCGAUGAGUGCGAACGAUUCCUGGCCCCGAAUGGAUUUGCUGGUGUGCAAGUUUCACCGCCGACGGAGAACAUGGUUAUAUCUGGUAGACCUUGGUGGGAGCGAUAUCAACCGGCAUCGUAUCACCUUAACACCCGCUCGGGCUCCGAAGCUGAAUUCGCUAGCAUGGUCUGGCGGUGUAAUCAGGUUGGCGUGAGAAUCUACGUCGAUAUAGUGAUCAACCAUAUGGCAGCUGUGUCAGGAACUGGAACAGGAGGAUCGCAAGUAAAUGGAUUAAACUUCCCAGCUGUUCCAUACGGAAGUAACGAUUUCAAUCCCGAAUGCCCCAUCACUAACUAUAACGAUCCUAUACAAGUACGCAACUGUUGGCUGGUUGGAUUACCAGAUUUGGCUCUGGGAGCUUCCUGGGUACGUGACCGCAUAGUAGAUCUUAUGAACAAGUGUAUCGGCUACGGUAUUGCUGGUUUCCGUGUUGAUGCCGUGAAGCACAUGUGGCCUGGCGAUUUGGAACAUGUGUACGGUAGACUUAAUAAUUUGAACACUGAUCACGGGUUCCCCAGCGGAGCGAAAGCUUUCCUCACUCAGGAGGUUAUUGACUUGGGCGGAGAAGCCAUCAGCAAGUAUGAAUACACGCAUUUAGGAACGGUUACAGAGUUCCGUUUCUCCGCUGAAAUCGGUCGCGUUUUCCGUGGAUAUGAUCGACUUAGUCAUCUAUCGAACUGGGGAGAAGAAUGGGGUUUCCUGCCAUCGUAUCUUGGUCUUGUGUUUGUGGACAAUCAUGAUAAUCAACGUGGUCAUGGCGCCGGAGGAGAUAAUGUGCUUACCUACAAAGUUGCUAAGAAUUACAAAAUGGCUUCCGCUUUCAUGUUGGCCCAUCCUUACGGUAUUCCGCGUAUCAUGAGCUCUUUCUUCUUCGAUAACGGCGAUCAAGGACCGCCACAGGAUGGUGGAGGUAAUCUGAUUCCUCCGUCGAUCAAUGCCGACGGCACUUGCGGGAAUGGAUGGGUUUGUGAGCAUAGAUGGCGCCAAAUUACCAACAUGGUGGGCUUCCGAAAUGCUGUUGCGGGAACCGGUUUGAACGAUUGGUGGAGUAACGGUGGUCAACAGAUUGCAUUCUGCCGGGGUGGUAGGGGCUUUGUUGCAUUCAAUUUGGAGAACUUCGAUAUGAAUCAAAGCUUGCAGACGUGUUUGCCGGCGGGAGCGUAUUGCGACGUUAUCUCUGGCAGUAAGUCUGGUGGAAGCUGUACCGGUAGGGUGAUCAAUGUUGGUGGCGAUGGAACUGCUAACAUUCAGAUUUCCGCUGGGGCAGAGGAUGGUGUUUUGGCAAUACACGCGAAUGCUCGACUGUAAACGAUAGAAUUGUUGUUUUGAGUUAUGAGUGAUAAUAUACGGUAUCUGAGAGCA